AUGGAUUUCGCAAAGCUCAUGUCAGCGCACAUCAAGAAGGGCAAAGAGACAGCAGCGCCCCCCGAGUCACAAGACAAAAAGUACCUCAAGCGCCGCGAAAUCGAAGCGCAACGACAAGCAGCCUACGUGGCCGAACAAGAAGCCGCGGAAAAGGCACGAAAGGAGCGAUUGGAGAAAAAGCGCAAGGCCGAGGAAGAUGAGGCAGAAAGGGAAGCAGAGCGACGCGAGAAGCGCGUGCGCAUGGCGGAAGAGUCAAGACGGAUAAGAGAAGAGGAGGAGGAAGCAGAAGAGAGGCGGCGGAGGAAGCGCUUAGGCCUACCCGACCUACCGCCCAAGAAAAAGGAUGGGGAUGAGGAUGGAACCCCCAUACCUGAAGACGAAGAUGUCCCAGACGAGGAGCUAGUCGAAAGGCUGCGAGCCCUCCAAGAACCAGCACGACUAUUCGGCGAGACACACAAGCAACGUCUGAAGCGAUACAAGAAACGCGUCGGUGCAGACAGCCUAGCAGCCAUCAUGACAGACGGACCAAUACCAACAACACUACAACUGGUUCCGGAGAAGGACAUGAAGGUCAAACUUGGUAUACCAAAGGACAAGGAAGGCCGCGAAUUUCUCUUCAGACAGCUGGUAAGCUACUUCACAAUGGUACUCAAGGAGUGGGACGUCACCCUUGCGCGCCGAGACCAGGAUGUCAAGGAGUCGUAUCAAGGCAAGCAGGCCUACGCCGCCAUGGUACAAGCGCGCGAAAACAUGCGCCCGUUGUUCAAGAAGCUGGAAAAGUUGGAUCUCCCGGACAGCAUCGUUGAGCCUGUCGUAGAGAUUGUACAUGCCGCACAGGAACGAAGAUAUGUCGAUGCGAAUGACGGCUACCUACGUCUUAGUAUUGGCAAGGCUGCGUGGCCGAUUGGUGUUACCAUGGUGGGUAUCCACGAGAGAAGUGCGCGAGAGAAGCUGCAUGAGAGCGAUAAGAAUGCGGCGCAUAUCAUGAGUGAUGAGAUGACGCGGAAAUACUUGCAGAGUAUCAAGAGAUGUUUGAGUUUUGCGCAGACGAGGUGGCCGCCUACUGAUCAGUUGCAGCUCAUGGGUUAG